CAGGGGGGGGAGAGCAAUUGAAACAUCUGGCAAAUUGUUUGAGUGCUGUAGGAUGUAAACAAUUUCCUGAGAGUCGCAUGAUCGGGAUCAAAACCACGCAAACUCUGGGUAUAAAUAGUUGAGGUAUUGUCAAACAGCGUCAGAACAAGAUGAAGUUUUGGUUGUCCCUGCUGUUGGUUUUGGCUGUGGUUAGUGUCCUGGAAGCACGGCGCGGGGGGAGGAGGAGAGAAUGGCGGAGACAGAGGCUUGCAGGAAUACAAGCUGUACGGCGCGGGUACCCGGCUGUGGUUAAUGAUGACGAUGUAAAAGACGAUGAUGAAGAUGACGGCGAUAAAAACAGCUGGAUGGCUAAGAAACAAAACAAAUGGGCCAUGAAACGCCAGAGGAAAAUGAAACGGAUGCAGAAACGCCGCGGCAUGAUGGCAGCAGACGACUCUGACGAAGAUAAACCAGAGGAGGCACAGAACGGCGACCAGGAUAAACACGUAAUGGUUCACCGUCGACGAUGGCAGCAACACAAAGGCAACAGGGCCCAGAGACGUCAGAAAUGGAGAAAAAUGAAGAAGACGAAGAAAUGGAUGCACAAAAGACCAUCCUGCUUCUGUCUGCAGACUGAACAACUAGAGAAGCUGCAGGAACUGAUAAAGAAGGAGGGCCUGGAGAAAGAAUUUCCCCAGAUAAUGCCACCAGAGGAAAACACCCUAGACGACGGGACAUCCGAUGUCUCCGAUGAUGAGGAUAGCGAUGAUACCGACGACACCGAGGAGAUCGAUAAUGUCAGUGAAGAAUCCAGUGAAUCAGAGGAAGUAACAGAUGACUCUAAUGAGGAGCUUCCUUUAAUGACAACAGAAUCAUCUAUCAUUUUACAGUAAAUUCAGAAUUUCAUCGUUUGAACUUUUUGUCUAUAUCAAAUCAUUUUCACAAUAUUAAAAAUGAUCAACUGA